UCAUUACUCACAUACCGACGAGACGAGCCAAAACGCACGCCGAGUUUUUUAGCACAAAGUUAACAACUGUAGUUGGGGCUACGUUGCGCCAGCAUACUUUUAUUGAACCUCUCAUCGAUAUCCGAGUGAUUGACACAACGACCAAACUGAACUUCGACUUAGCACUGUGUCCGCCUGGGUUGCCUGAAAUAAGGAUUAACAGAAUGGAUUUGGUAGAUCCGAAAUUUAAAAGGGCAGAUGUUGGGCCACCAAUAGUUAGGUGUAAAGAGAGAAAACGCAAAGAGAGCGGUCGGAAAUCUCCAAAAAAGACCAAAGACAAGAGCAAGUGCCCUUCGGCGUCGGCGUCGUCGCCGUUGGACAAGGGAAUGACGACGAUUGCCCAAAAACCGGCUCAGAUCAACCCCCUAAUGACGAUAUUGAUGAAUUCUAGACAACAGCAGCAGCAGCAGCAGCAACAUCUACUGCAGUACGACCAACCGGCUAUCGAUAAAUUGCCCGAGAGGAUGUCCGCAUGUCGCACGUUGGUGCUGCAGCUUCCAGAACACCUGGACCAUAGUGAACCCAAAAGGUCUGUACCGAUUUCCUUCAGUCGAAAGUUGCCUGUCCGAAAGUGUAUAGUGCCGGACGAGUUCAAAUUGAAAAUGUGCUUGCAAUGGUGAAAAUUUAGGGCUCGCCAACAAUGUAAUCAAUUAAGGACCCCACCUUAUUAAUAAUAAAAUCACAGCGGUCGACGGGUUUUGUUUUUGUUCCUUUAUUUUUAAUGAAAAGGUCCACGUAGCCAAGUGACCGCAGCCUUUUGUAAGUUUUGUGCUUACUCGGCGGUGACCCGCGAACAUACACGUAUUCUCACAACACUCAUUAGCUGACCCAGCAUCGCAUAAUAAUAAUAAUAAUAAUAAUAACAUAUUAUAAGCGAGUUCAACCCGCGUUUGAUAGUGAUUUAUGAAUUCUAUUCAAGGGGGUUUUGCGAACGGGGCGAUAAUAAUAUUAAUCGUCACAACAAGGGAAAGAGAAAAAAAUCUGUGCUCAGUAAAGUAAUUAACCUUCCUGGGCCGUAUUCGCAUUACGACGUGUACACUAUUUCAGUGACCCGGUCUGUAUGCAUCCUUAUAGACCGAGUAUAAUCAUAUGGUAAUGCCCUCUUUUGCAUAAAUUAAAACAGCUGCCAGAGGGACAACCGGUCGUAGUCGACCUACUUAAACAUUUAAAAAUGAUUCUCUCUACACCCCCACGCUCCGCGUUCGGUAAUGGCUGAGGUUGGCAGCCUUGAAAACGUGUAUACAACUAAGUGAGUGUUGUGCGAGGUCGGGCGUAUUUACAACCCCUACUCAAGUGUAGUUCUAAGUACAUUAUUUCGAGUGUGACUAUUUUUCCACCAAAUACCAUAAGAGCAUGUUAUAUAUUUUUUUGUUCGCGGCCAAGGUUAUGUCGGUGGUGGCGUUCAAGUCUCUCGAAGGCCGUAGUGUAAAUGGAAUGGAAUCAGUAUAAAAACAAAUGAAUAGAGGAAAUUUUUCGUGAACAAUUUAUUAAUAACUAGGAGUGGUAAUACAAGUUAAAACGCAUGUAAAUACACAAGGGUUAGAAGACGCCAUCGUCAAAGAUUUAUCCGGUUGGAGAUCACAGACGACAACGAGGGUGGAAUAUUAAUAAUACAACAGUAAUAGUGAUAAUGAUGACGAAGAGAAACUGCAGCAGGUCGUGUACCGUGUGGGAAAAUCGUCUCGUAUACGUUGAUAAAUGGUUGUUUUCGUUUCUUUUCUCUCUCUCUUUUCCGAUAUCUCGUGGCAAAUUCUCGAACAAUAAUAAUAAAAAAAACUCGUAAUGAUAACCAUUAUUGUGUUGUACAGUUGAUUUUUUUUUUGGCUUUCUUUUAAUUUAAAAAUCUCCCUCAUAAUACACUCUGCAGUGUGUACGCACAUAACAGGUAGGCGGAUCCCUGCGCUGUUGGCCAAUAUUUUACAACGCUUCUUCUCGGUCGUCAUGUUAACUCCAUUAUAAUGUGCAUUCGACAGAGGCGCCAGUUUGGCGAUGGUUAUGUCUGGAACACACCGUGUAUGUGCUCGAGCAAUGUGUUUAUAUGUGUGAUCACCGAUGGAAUCUUGGAGGCUUGGCCGCGUCCAUCGGCAACGCCGCCUUAUAAAACAACGUGUAUAAUGCACGUGUGUGACGAGGCGCACCAGAGGGUUGUUUUUUCGAGUCAAGGACGCGUGGUGGGGGUACGUGCUCUACACAAUUGUAGAAAUCUGUGCUCUGUCGUUUCAAGGUCGGUACACAAACACAAUGUUGGUCGUCAUCCACCGAUUUCCAAGGUAACUGCGGUGGGCGCGGUGAUUAUGGUGGUGGUAGUAUAGUGGCGGCAGAGAAGAAAAAUGUGCACAUGAAGAUUGUAUAAAAACACCCUUCGGAUUGUAUAAUAUAAUAUUUUGUAAUUAUUAUUAUUGUCUGUUUAUAGGAUACCCUUCUACGAACAGAACUCGUACACGAGUAUAUAGUAGUGCAGUAAUAAUAACAAAACGAUCUCAGUUAAUUUCAUAAUAAUAGUGAGCGCGACAGCGGUAAAGACUAGAGGAUAUGUUACAGAGGUAGCACUUUAGUGGGGAAAAUUUGCUGUAGAAAUAUAUUUUUCAAGGAAAAUAACUCUUUUUGACAUUAUCAAUUUAAUAAUAACUCGAAAAAUCUAUUCAUUAUUAAUGUUAAAAUGUAUCUAAAAUGUUUAUUACUUCGUAGAACCACGUAACCUCAAAGACGUUUUGUUAGGUCAACGACGUAAUUACUUAUAAAAUUGCAAUUUUUCGGUAAAGUUUGAAAAAAUCCAGAUAAGAUAGAACGAUAGAAAGUUAAAUAAAAGUAAAAAUACAAUUUGUAGAGUCAAGUAAAGUACUAUCUCGUGACUCCACUAUGUGCAAAAAAUGAAAAUCUUUGAUAUCCACAAAUUCGGUAAUAACUGAUCUACGAAUUGAAACUUCUCUUUUGCAGAAGCACCGAUUUGUUUCAUUGACACCAUAGGUGUAUCUACGGUGGUGUUUGAAAGCAGGAUGGGCAUAGAAUUAUUAGUUAUAACACGACUAAACUAAUGAGUGAUAUGACAAUUUUUUUUUCUAAGUUUUUGUAAAUGUAUAAUUAAAUACAAAGGAGGGUGAAUUUCUAAUUUUACAAUUAUUCACUUUUUGCGAAACGUCGAUAAAAAAAAAAAAAAGUUAUGAUUGGUAUGUGCAGAGAGUUAAAUAAAAUGCACUAUGUUAAUGAUUAUUUUUUUAGCUAUAUAUUGUAGUAAAAUUAUCAGGAUCGCUCGUGUAUGAUAUAUUUUUUUCAAAAUCUCGUGGGUUUUAAAUGUUAAAUCGUCAAAGAUUCUGAACAUUGAUAUACAGUUAUAUACAUGUGAUUUUUGUGCCGUUAAUUAAAAAAUUAUGUCUAAUUAAGGUGCUCAUUUUCAUUGCAAUAGAGGCAUUCAUUAAUCGGGUAAAAAUUUACCUAAUACGACAACAACAAUGUAUGCAACGAAAGCGGAACAACGACAGAAAAUCGAGAAACGCUUAAUUGUCUCACAAGAAUUCGAUGGUACAAUUAAUAUUUGCUCGCCAGUAAUUUAAUAUAUAUGAUAAUUGCAGAUAAAUUUUCCGUUUCGACGAAUUCGCAAUGUUGUAGCCUAAAAGGUCGUAGUGUUGAAUGACAAAGUACAAUUAGCUACGCGCAAAUGUCUGGACGCCUUUGAAAUUAAGCACAUCAAUAUUAAGCAACACUUUUAUGUUUUCAGUAAACGUAUUUAGUCCAGACGGUCUGAGAAUAUUUUUGUCGGGUGCAAGUUUGUCGUAAGGCUGACGGGGAAACGUUUGAAGUUGGUGGCACGAUGUUUGUGUGUAUUUUUACCGAACAGUAAUGUUUAGUUGGCCUAUUGAUAAUAAUGUUCUAUUGUCGGGCAGGUCUCGUCGGCGACGACUGUAAACGCACGUACAGAGCGAGUUUGUCAUUAUUUCAACGAUGAAACAGAGUGACGGGGACGAGUAGAAACCGCUGCCGGCCGAACGAAUAUCACAUUGUAAAUCGUUAUGGUUCAGAUUUAUUUCGUCUAGUCAAAUAUUUACCGACACCACAAACACGAAAUCAGCGAACGGAAGUUUUAUCGGCGACACCUGGGAACGACUCUCGUCCGGUUGACGUGUCAACGUUGUUCGCGUGUGUUCUCGUGUUCGAGAAUAAAUUAUCAACGCACACAGUGCCGCCGACUGACGACAAUUGCGGUAAUAAUUCUCUCGACGUGUUAUUGUUGUUGUAUUAUUUACUCGAGAGAAAAAAAAAAAAGUCAAGGCUGUUUUUCCGUCCAAUAAAAACAGCGGGGGCUUGACUGGGAAACGCACCAAGUAUUGUUAACUUACCUACCGCCACAAACUAUCGCUUGGAAUCGCUAGACGUUUUUAUUGAGCACACGUGACAUGUGUCGGGUGAAAUCAUUUAAAAUCAUAAUUCUGCGCCAUUAUACAUUCAGAUAUCAUUUAAAGCGCAACAGACCUCCUAAAACACCAAACGAUUCGAGCCCAUAAAAAUUCGCCAUCAUUUGAUUUGUUCGACAAAAAUAAG